GCAACAACAACAACAACACCAGUUUAGGGCAGGACGGGACCCUCCUGGCUCUUAUUUUUCUGGGUUUUUGGCCGUUUUUUGGCGUCUUUUUUGGACGGGGGAGAUGGAGACGUCGCCCAAGAACAAGUCUGGAGAAGCCACAGGAGUGUCUCGCUCCGGUCGGGUGAGAAAGAAAUCUUCGAAGCUUGCUGACUUUGAAUCGCCAGAUGAAAUUGACACGCGCUUUAAACGCAAGACCGAUAGGCCUAUAAAAUCCCAGAAGAGUACGAAAAUUGGACAGCCUAUGGGCGCUGAUGUGUAUGAUGACUCCGAUAGUUACAUCGAAGACGAGAUGAUCGAAGUUAAAGAUGAACCAAUAGAGGUGGAAGACUGGGCGGAUAAUGAUGAUGGCGAUGAUGACAUGUGCGACGAUGGCGAUGACAAGGAUGACGCACCUGACCUGCUGCAUGUCGACGACGACUCGACGGACAUGCCCCGGGAAACGACCAACUACAGCCUGGCGCAAUCGUUGUAUUUCUCUGAGAAACAAGGAAAGAAGAACAUCAUGUUGAAGGAUGGCCAAGUCGUUCGGCGGAAGAAGGCGCAGCGUAAAGACAAGGGGAAGUCACGAUUUACCGCUUACAUGCUCUGGGCUCGGGAAAUUCGACCCGGGAUUAUCUGUGCCAACCCCAACAUGGAUUUCUCCGCCGUCAACAAGAGAUUAGGAGAACUCUGGGCUCUGGUGCCCACAACACAGAAAUAUGGACCUCUUGUAUGUGUUAGGGACCUCUUGUAUAUGUUAGGGACCUCUUGUAUAAUGAUAAGUACUUUACAAAGAAAUUUAUUUUUUAUAUUUUUCUUUGGGACGCUUAUAUGUUUAAGUCCUUUCUCAUGUUUUCCAACUUGCAGAAAUGUUGCAAAAACAAAACGUCAAGAAGCGAUAGAGGCAGCUGCUACUGUUGCAAAAAAGAAACGUCAAGGAACGACAGACGCAGCUGCUACUGUUGCAAAAACAAAACGCCAAGGAUCGACAGAUGCAGCGACUACUGUUGCAAAAGCGAAACGCCAAGGAACGACAGAUGCAGCUGCUACUGUUACAAAAGCGAAACGCCAAGGAAGGACAGAUGCAGCUGCUACUGUUGCCAAAAAGAAACGCAAAGGAGCGACAGACGCACCUGCUGCUGUUGCAAAAAAGAAACGUCAAGGAGUGACAGACGCAGCUGCUACUGUUGUGAUAAAGAAACACGAAGAAGAAGAGACAGUGACAAACAUAGGUGUAAUCUUUGAAACGGCCAACCAAUGGGAAGACACUCUGGAGGCAGAGCUUAGUGCAGACUCUACGCCAGUCACCAUCAUUAUACAUGAAAAUGGUGAUGUACCGGAGAUCACAAAAGCUGUUGUGGUGGGAGAUGCGGCGGGGAAAUAUGUUUCCCAAGCCGAGCCCAAACAGUGCCCACAAACAAUAGGUGAAAUCUUCAGAGAAAUAAAAACUAAAAAUAGUGAUAGUUGUCUAGAUAUUCUUGAAGUUGCGAUUGAAAAGCUGCUCUCCAACUCUAUGUCGUGGGACCAAGUUUCAGAAUUUUAUUGCAUAUCCAAAAAUAGACUUGAGAGAAACAUGAAAAUUCUGACUAACUUGAAGUCGAUGCCGGACAAUAUAAAUUAUUUCCAGACAUACUUAAAAUUUAUUACGUGCAUUUCUGACAGUGACAAAUUUUUCGAGUGGAUGUUGCGCAUGCGGAAAAUGGGGCGUCUUCCAGUGAUAAAGGACAUAUGUUAUGUUAAGGAGUACCUCAGUCUCUCGUCAUUUCCAACCGGCAUUUGCGACUUCUUGGAAGUGUUUGGCGAGAAGCUGGUGCACUCCGAAGACUGGGGCAUGAUAACAAACAGCAGUGUGAGGAACUGGGAGACCAUGCUGAAGAAACACCUGACAAACUACUAUGGUAUAACGGCUGAGACAUUCCUGGUGAAGAACAAUGCGUCGCGAGUCUUCAACUGCGUCGAGAUGUUCCUCUCCCACACCCACAUCAGGAACGAGGUCAUAAUUCUCCGAGGUCGCAGGAACACGUAUAGCUUUGUGGGUCAGAACCAGAAGGGGAUAAGUGUGAUGGUGACAUUCUCAGCUGCCGGCUUCUGCUUGAAGCCUUUAUUUCUGCAGAACGGCUUUGAUAGGCCCUUGUGGUCUGACCAAGACUUCCUCGAACAGUCGCAGUUCCAUGUCGGUGCUUCUGGAAAUGGGCAGUUGGACCCCUUACUAUUCUUAACAUGGCUAAAACUUUUCAAUGCCGAGCUUAUAGAAAAUGAGAUAGAAAAACCAGUGUUGCUUUUCCUCCAUGGUCACCCUUGUCAUGCAAGCCUGGAGGCUACCACCUUCUGCCAGGAAGAAGGGAUAAUACUCUUCUCUCAUUACCACAGUCCUCUCAAUAUUCUAGACCCCUUUUUGAAAAUAUUGGGCAAGUUCCACUACCAGUACGACCGAAGUUUGAAAAUCUUCGAAAUCUCUCUUGGAAAGGACCUCUCUCAGAAAUACUUUCCGUUAAUAUUCCUCGACGCUUGGAACAAAAUCCAAGAAGCAGAAUUUUCCGUGGACGCCUUCGAGAAGUGUGGCCUUGUUCCAUUUGACAUGUCUGUUGUUUACGAUAAUAUUAAUACCAGUAACGUGCAGUCUCAGAGGUCAACUUUGUUACCAACUCACUAACACCAUCUGCAGGUGGUUUGUGUUAGAAUUAAGUCAUUUCUGCCAUCUCCAGCUGACUUGUGUUACAAAUAAGUCACUGACACCAUCUCCGGCUGACUUACAUCCACCGACAUGAAAUAUGAACAAUCAUCGCAGCAGCAGCUGCCUUAUGAUCAUAAAUACCUAGCAAUACUUUUACUUUCUAUGGAUAACUAUUUUCUUUGCAAGAAAUGACCAUUUACAAGUUUGCUUUGAACCUAAGCUGUGAAGUAGACAAAGUAUUCCUAGUGUUUAUAUGUAUGCAAACAAUGUACCAAAAUGAGGUUUGUAAAAUGGGAUCUGAUAAACGAUAUGAAAGUAAAAUUGUGAUGAGGCAAAGACGAAAUUCCUUCUGUUUUUCUUAUGGUUCUCAACAGCUCCGUAUAAACCUUGUGGGUUUAGUGCUUUGUAAUGAUUACAAUAAUAAUUUUGGUGAGGUAGGUGGAAGCAGUAUUGACAGUGCAGAGUGUAGAGGAAAUUGAAGGUGCCAUUUGUGGGUAAACACCACAUGUGGAACUGUUGAAUCAUCUUGCAACUCUCCGAGACAGAAUGGAGUCUCAGUUGAAAGUGGAACAUUGGAAAAUCCCAAGUCUGUUACGACUGAAUUUUGAAGCGUGUGUGUGUGUGUAUGUUUAUUGGAUUCUUGGACUCAGCUGAGCAUGUUUCUCUUGGCAAAUGUUCUGAUUCCCAGCAAAUUAUCUGAUUCCUGGGUUCAGCUGAGUAUGUUUCUCCCAGCAAAUUAUCUGAUUACUGGGUAUUAAGUAGUGUUAAGAAAGAAAGCAACAACAUAACAUAUGGUAUUUAAACUGCAAGAAACUCAUGCAUAAUGAGUUAGACACUUGCAUAACACUUAGAUAUCCUUAUUGUGGAAAUGUUUUAUGCUAGUGAGUGUCUUCCUCAGUCCAGAGCAGAAAAAGGUGGAAGAUGAGGAAGAAUUUGAGGCUAUAAGUGAUCAGUCCCCUGAGAUUGAUGGGCUGAUUACAUCAUCUCCAGGCUGAGGGACUGAUCACCUCAAAUUCCUCCUCAUCUUCCACCUUUCUCUGCAUUGGACUGAAGAAGCCACUGGCUGGUGAUACAUUUCCACAGUAAAGUUGAAGAUUGAGACACUUAUGCAGCAUAUGGGAAUCUUUAUUCAGGAAACGUUUCGCCACACAGUGGCUUCAUCAGUCCAAUACAAAGAGGAAGGCGUAAGGAGAGGAGGAGAAUGAGGUAAUCAGUCCCUCAACCUGGAGUCGAUGUGUUCAGUCCAUCAAUCUUGUAGAAUGUACAGCAUAGGGCCGUAGACGUGGCUUAUAUACUGUAGUGAGGUGACGUGAAGCAGAU